AUGAGCAAGUAUAUCGAGGAUGCAUAUGAUGCUAAAUAUGAAUUAGACCAAACCGUUAACAAUGAAGAGAAUUUUGAUACUCUUUUGAGAUUUACAAUCGAUCCAAGUAAAUCUAAUGGUCAGAAAAUACAAGCUUAUUCCAAAUUUGAAGACUUUUUGAUCAAACUUAAGACCAGAUAUAGGCAAGAUAUUGAGCUUCUCGCAGGAGCUUGA